AGAGUUUUAAACAGAGGUAAAUUUUGAAAGGGGUGGGUAUCUUGGGAUUUCAGUUUGUAAAUUUUCCCUUCUUUUUGUCUUUUAAACAAGCAGGAGCUCAUUCCUUGCCAAAAACAGUGAAAACCCAUGAAAGUCUAGGCCUUUUCAGGUCACCUUCUUCAAUCAAAGAGGCCCUUUUUCCCUUGUUGUCAUGGAUCCCAAGGGCUCCAAGCAGCCUCAAGAGGUGCCCAAGUUCUUGAGUCUCCCACAACCAGAUAUGGGAGAUAACAAGCCUGCAGAAAUCAAGGAUUUCCAGAUUGUGAUUGCAGAGAAAGACGAGGGGAAGAAGCAGUUAGCGCCUAAGAGGAGCUCCAACAAAGAUAGGCACACAAAGGUGGAUGGGAGGGGGAGAAGAAUAAGGAUGCCUGCUCUCUGUGCUGCUAGGAUUUUCCAGUUGACAAGAGAAUUGGGGCACAAAUCUGAUGGGGAGACUAUACAGUGGCUUUUACAGCAAGCUGAGCCAUCGAUUAUCGCUGCCACGGGCACCGGAACCAUCCCAGCCUCUGCGCUUGCUGCUGCAGGGGGCUCUGUCUCACAACAGGGAAGCUCUGUUUCGGCCGGCUUGCAUUCGAAGAUCGACGAGUUGGGACCCGGUGUCGGGUCCGGCAGUAGGACCAAUUGGAGUGUGAUGGGGAGUAAUUUGGGCAGAUCCCAUGUGGCCACAGGCCUAUGGCCCUCUGUCGGUGGUUUUGGGCCGGGGUUUGUUCCUGCUUCAGCUCCUUCAACAUCGAAUUUGGGCACCGAAAGUUCAAAUUACUUGACUAGAAUUGGGUUCCACGGUUUUGAAUUGCCAGGCUCCAAUCUAGGUCCAGUUGCUUUUAGCUCAAUUAUGGGUGGGAACAACCAGCAUCUUCCGGGUUUAGAGCUUGGGCUUUCGCAAGAUGGUCAUAUUGGGGUUUUGAAUCCGCAGGCUUUGAACCAGUUUUACCAGCAGAUGGGACAGGCUCGAAGCGGUGGCCCUAUGCAUCAACAACAGUCACAGCAGCAGCAACAGCAGCAACAACAACAGCAACAGCAACAACCGCCUGCCAAAGAUGAUUCUCAAGGGUCAGGACACUAGGGAAGUUGGAGAGUUGGAAGAGUUUCGAGGUUUUGAGGAAGUGGGAGAAAUAGCACAUCCGAGAAGCUGAGUCUUUUCUCUACUGGUUUCUUUUCUGUAUAUUUGCAAAAGCCGGGGGAAGAGUGAUUUUUGAAUUCAGUCUUUUUAUGGAAUUGGGUCAUAGGGACUGGAUUUUGAGUAUUGGGUAUUGUGUCUGCCCUUCUUUCUCUCCAAAGCUUCAUCCAUUUCUCCAAAUACAGGAUGUGCAGAUGGAACUAUGCAGAACUGAAUAGCUUGGGAUUGAACUUAAUUUCUUGGUUAUUUCAAGGUGUGUUGAUAAUGUGUAAGCGAUCUUUGAUUAUUUGUUUUUGUUAGGCCUAGAAAGAGUGGUAAUCAGCUUGUUUGUGAAAAUAAACUGAGUUUUAUAAUCAUACUUUAUUCGAUUUUCUGUUGGAGCUGGCAAGGUACUUGAUUUCCUUAGAUUUUUUUUUUUUUUUUUUUUUUUUUUGUUGUUGUUGUUGAACGGAAGGGGCAGAUUACUCAUGAAAUAUUGCUGCUGAUGCACACUAUUUGGCAUUC